UCCUUUGCUUUUGAUGUAUCGUCUAAUUUUUCCUAGUCAUUUUGACUACGCAUCAAAAGAAUGGGAGCAACUUUGUAUCUUCAAGACCUUGUCUACUUGGGAUAAUCCACACUCUAUUCCUGGCUUCAGACCAGCUUGGAGUGUGGAUCUAAUCCAGAUCUGUUUUAUUAGAUCAGCUCUAAAAGUGAAACCCUGAAGUAGGAUGUGGAUCAAAGCUAAACUGGAAUGUAUGUGAAUUUCUCCAGACUAUGCUGAUGAACUACCUUUGUGCUGAAAACAUAACACAACAAAACAUGACGUAAUCAUCACCAAAAAACCCCAUUAAACGUAUCAAAUUUAUUAAUCAAAAUGGAGACAUCUUAAUAUUAGCGAUUAAUGCACAAUGCAUGCAAGCAUAGACGUUUUGAACAAAUGUGAUUUUUAAUGUCUGCCUGGCCUACCAGCUCACCCUGACCCCUACCACCCAUCAACCUCUCAUUAGAUGUCAACUGACCAAACAGGAUUAAAGUCAAAGCCUCUUUCUCUCGUUCCACCUGACUCAGCGUCAGUUUGUUGGUUUUCUGAACAAAUGAAGCUCGAAGACCAAGAGUGACAAUGAUCCUGCCCAGGUGGUUUCUGGGGUUCUGUUUAUGGCUGCUAAGUUUUGCAGGGGUUUGGACUGCUACCUUCAAGUUGGCUCUGAUUGGUCCCUGGUCCUGUGAUCCGAUGUUCUCCAUGGCGAUGCCAAGUGCAGCAGCCAACUUGGCACUGACAAGGUUACGGAGUGACAGCAGUCUGAGCAGAGGUUAUUGGUAUGAUGUCAAACUACUCGAUGAGGACUGUUCCACUUCCAAAGCUUUAGCAGAAUUUGGAGACAUGGAAGGUUACGGUCACCUCUACGUUGGACUCUUUAAUCCCUCGCUUUGUCAUGCUGCCUCUUUAUUGGCUCAACACUGGGAGGUGGGGCUUGCGUCGCCCGGCUGCCUGGAUGUCGACUGGCCAAACCUCUCGCCCAUCACGCCACCAAGCAGAGUUCUGUUCAGUGUUCUCAGGUUCUUUCACUGGGCACAUGUAGGUGUCAUUUCAGCCCCGGCCGACAUUUGGAGGAGCACCGGACAAGAAGUGGCCUCUGCACUCAGAGCUCUUGGCUUACCUGUUGGUCCGAUUCUUACCAUGGAAACCAAGAACCAAGAUGGACCUCAGCAAACACUCGAGGCAAUCAGACUGGCAGACAAGGUCAAAGUGGUGAUAUUGUGCAUGAGCUCUGUUCUUAUUGGCGGGGAGGAUCAGAGAAAGCUCCUUUUGGCAGCUCUGGACAUGGGGAUGGUCUCAGAUGGUUACAUCUUUAUUCCAUACGACGCCCUGCUCUAUGCUCUGCCCUACCAGGACACAGUGUUUCCCCAGCUGACCAAUAGCACCCAACUUCGCCAUGCCUACAGCUCCGUUAUGACCGUCACCAUGGCGUCUGAUCAGAAUUUCUAUCAAGCUUUUCGUCACGCUCAAAUGAACCGAGAGAUCCGAUCUGCGGUGGCAGCGACACAGGUGUCUCCGCUCUUUGGGACCAUCUUUAACAUGAUUUACUACGUUGCCAAAGCUGUAGAGGAGCGCCGUGAGGCAGGCGGAGGAGGCUGGGUGACAGGGGAUCAAUUGGCCCAAUCAGAUGGAGGCUUUAGCUUCCAGGGAUUUAACCAGGUGUUGCAUGGCGGUAAAGAAGGCAGUGGUUUACAGGCCAGAUAUGUGGUGCUGGACUGUGAUGGGGAUCAACUGGUGCCGACACACACGCUCGCCCCAACGCACACUGCAGACGGGUCUAUCAGCAGCCUGAAACCGCUGAGUCAUUCGUUCGUCUUCCCGGGAGGAAAACCCCAGAGUUCCAGUUCCUGUUGGUUCAAUCCUGAUGAGCCUUGCAGAGACACGGAUGGAGUGAUGGGCUUCUUUGCCUGCAUUCUGAUCUGCCUUCUGAUUGGAGCCAUAUUCUUUUGGAUCAGGAAAAACAGGACAGUGGUGAACAACACAAAACUCAUUCUGACGUUGGAUGACAUCGUCUUCAUUGACGCUCAAGUCAGCAAAAAGAAAGUGAAUGACGAGUCAAUCAUGAAAAGUCUUCUUGAAAUCAAAACUCCAUUCCGCUCGAUCGCCAGAAGCUACAUACUGACCACACCCGAGAGUUCAAAUAUUGGAAUAAUAGAGGGUGACUGGGUUUGGCUAAAGAAGAUCCCAGGAGGAAAUACAACCGUCAGUCAAAACACGCAGAAGCUCUUCAGCAACUUAAGAGAAAUGCGACAUGAAAAUUUGAACCUUUACUUGGGAUUGUUUGUGGACUCGGGAAUCUUUGCUAUGGUGGUUGAACACUGUCCUCGGGGCAGCCUGGCAGACCUUCUAUCUGAUAGCGAAAUGCGGUUGGACUGGAUGUUCAAGUCGUCGCUACUGAUGGACCUCAUCAAGGGGAUGAAACAUCUCCAUUUACGAGGUUUAAGUCAUGGGCGACUGAAGUCCACAAACUGUCUAGUUGAUGGACGUUUUGUUCUGAAGAUCUCUGAUUACGGACUACACAUGAUCCUUCAUUCAGAGGGACUUAACAUUGUUGAGGACCCACAAGAGCUGCUGUGGACGUCUCCAGAGCUUUUGAGGUGUCCAGUCAGAGGAGGCUCUAUGGCUGGAGACGUGUUUAGUUUCUCCAUCAUCAUACAGGAAGUUAUAUCACGGACGCCACCCUAUGCCAUGAUGGACAUGCCCGCUGCUGAGAUCCUAGAGAGGUUGAAGGAGCCGCCCCCUCUUUGCCGGCCAACCAUUCCUGUAGAUGAAGCUCCAGCCGACUGUCUCAAUCUGAUGAACGAAUGUUGGAAUGAAGAUCCCGCCAAGAGGCCGUGCUUCGAUGAAAUCUUCAAACAGUUUCGAGGUAUCAACAGAGGGAGGAGAGCAAACAUUAUUGAUUCCAUGCUGCGAAUGUUGGAGCAAUAUAGUUCAAACCUGGAAGAUCUGAUCCGUGAAAGAACUGAUGAGCUAGAGGUGGAGAGAAGCAAGACGGAUAAGCUCAUAGGACAGCUGCUGCCAAAGUCAGUGGCUCAGGCUCUGAAGAAAGGGAAGCCAGUUCGACCAGAACAUUACUCGGAUUGUACUCUUUACUUCAGCGACAUCGUUGGAUUCACAACCAUCUCAGCUCUAAGCGAACCCAUUGAGGUAGUGGACCUGCUGAAUGACCUCUAUACCAUGUUUGAUGCCAUCAUUGCUUCUCAUGACGUCUACAAGGUUGAAACGAUUGGCGAUGCAUACAUGGUGGCGUCCGGCAUUCCCAACAGGAACGGAAAUCGACACGCAGCUGAAGUGUCUAACAUGUCGCUCGAUAUCCUGCACUCCAUUGCAGCGUUCAAGAUCAAACACAUGCCCGAAAUUAAAGUGAAGAUACGAAUUGGACUUCACUCUGGUGCAGUUGUGGCAGGUGUGGUGGGUCUCACAAUGCCCAGGUACUGUCUGUUUGGAGACACUGUGACCACAGCUUCUCAUAUGGAAGCCAGCGGACUUCCCUACAGAAUCCACAUCAGUCUGAGUACGAUGAAGGUCCUGACGAGUCUCAAACUGGGUUACCACAUAGAGACCAGAAAAGCUACGGUGAAAGGUUCAGAGGACACCUACUGGCUGAUGGGACGAGACGACUUCGAUAAAGUUCUCCCUGUCCCUCCAGACCUCAAAGGCGGGGCCAGUAACCAUGGUAUCAGCCUUGAUGAAAUCCCAGUUGAAAGAAGGCAGAAGUUUCUGGACCGACAGCUGAAGAAUAAGAAAUAGAUGUUGCCAAUGGAUACCCACACAUGCACACUACCUCUGUUUAUGAUGUGAAUAUUAAAAAAAAAAAAUCCAUGUAAACAUCAUGCUUCCAGUUUGUGCCUCUUGUGGUCCUCUAAAUAGUGACUUUUGUUGCAUAUUUAAAUUAUAUUUUUCAGUGCAUUAUGUUAAUAGCUUGUCUACAGUAAAGGUUUUUUAAGGUGGAUCACAGUCAAUCCAUUGCAGGAUGCUGUAUGUAUUUCAAAAUAAUAUUCUCACUGGAAAUAUUGGAGAUAGAAAUAAUUGUUCAUCAUGAAACCUAAAAGUAAGUGAGUAAUCGUAAUAUUCUGAAUGGUCAUACAAGAAUACAAAUAUGUUAAACAUGGUUAAAAUUUUGGUGUGAAAUGUUCUGAACUUUAGUGAUAAAGUGAUGUAUAGUGGCAUCUGAAUUUUCUUAAAUGUCACAAGUGUGAAAAGAAUUUAACUGUAGAAUGUAAACAAUAAAAAGCUGACUUUCUCAUCUUUG